AUGACCUUAAACAAAUCGAUCUUGGACUUGAACAGUACUCUCCAAGAUCCAAUCAUCCAUGCAGUUCAGAUAAAAAUUAAGGACUCCACUCUCAAUAACUUCCAUUCCCUGCCGUCUUUGGACCUCAGCUUCAAUUUGUUAUCUGGGCCAAUCCCAGCUUCUAUUGGGCAAGUCCGGAACCUAACCUAUGUCGACCUAUCCAAUAACCAAUUAUCAGGGCAAUUACCCAUUUCCUUGUUCAACUUGGCCAAUCUAUUGGACUUGUCCUUGACCAACAACCAACUCACAGGAUAUAUUCCAGACCAGAUAGGGGAGUUAAAAUCCCUUACCAGUUUUUCAUUGAAUGCUAAUCUGUUUACGGGUCAUAUUCCAGUCAUCAUUUCAAGAUUACACAACCUUUGGCACCUUAAUUUAUCUCGAAAUGCACUCUCGGGUCCUUUGCCAGAAACCCUCGGUAUGGGCAUUCCUUCUUUGUUGUCUAUAGACCUGUCUUACAACAAUCUCAGUUUAGGAGAAGUUCCCGAUUGGAUCAGAAGCAGACAACUUUCAGAUGUCCGCCUAGCUGGAUGCAAACUGAGAGGAACACUUCCACGCUUCACAAAACCUGAUUCACUCAGCUCUAUCGAACUAUCUGACAACUUUUUUAUGGUUGGGCUCUCCAGUUUCCUUGCAAAAUUCUCAAAUUUGCAAAAGGUCAAGCUCUCAAACAACCAAUUGAGGUCAGAUCUUUCAGAAAUCAGAUUGCCAGGCGGGCCCUAUCUUCACUCAAAUCAGCUUACUGGGUCUAUCUCAAGGAUCUUGAAUAACAAAACGAGCAGCUUUUUAGAGGUCAUAGAUGCAUCGAGUAAUCACAUUACAGGCAGCAUUCCUGAAUUGAAGGAAGGCUUGAACUUGAAAGUGCUCAACGUUGCUAGCAACAGGAUUUCAAGCCACCUACCCAGUUCAAUUUCAAACCUGACUAAACUUGAAACGUUUGAUGUUUCAAGGAACCAGAUUAACGGCGCCAUCCCUACAGGUUUAGGCCUAUUGCUAAAACUUCAAUGGCUUGACCUGUCCAUCAAUGGACUCUCAGGAAGAAUCCCGAAUAGCUUGUUGGGUAUUGAAAGCCUAAGAAAUGCAAACUUCAGAGCAAACAGUCUGGAUUGUGGAGAGAUACCAAGGCCAUAUAAUAUCUUCCCCGCAGCUGCCUAUUCCCACAAUUUGUGCUUGUGUGGCAAACCUCUGCCACCUUGUAGGACAAUGAAACAAGUGUCCAAUGAGAUAUAGGUUCGGCAUUCUGCAACAA